UCUCAUGAUCGUAUCAAAAGAGUCAUUGACUUUUCCGAACAUACAGGUAAAAAUGCAUAAAGCGAAUGCGCUGAUUUAUGUCCUUUCUUUAAUAUCCAUUAAACCCUUCGUUUGCUUGGAUGAAGUACUCGUAGGACAUUUAAAGCCUUUCGGUCAGCAUAGAAAGCCCGAUGUUGUUACACAGGAAAUCAGUGCAGUUCCGCACCCAGCAGAGUUUUGGGAAACUUAUGUGUCCAAAAAUAAACCGGUGGUUUUUAGGGGAGCCGCAAUACAUUCCAGGGCAUAUGAAUUAUGGACAGAAGAAUUUUUGAUCUCCGAGUAUGGAGAUCUCACUGUACGUCUUGAAGCACGUGCUGAAGCAAAUGAUCGUUUACCAGUUGGGGAAGCAGAUAUUCUUGGCAGAGACACGAUAAAACAUUUCAUACAGAAUUAUCAGACCAUGGAUGCAUAUGUGAUCUCACAGAUUCCACAACCGAUGGAAAGAGACAUAGGAAUACCUCCAUGCUUAAGAUGUGGUUCCUUUUCUGAGGCUAUUCAAGAGGUCCACUUAUUUCUCAGUGCUCGUGGCGGCAAAACAAAAUUACAUCAGGAUCCCUUCAGCAAUAUACAUUGUAUUUUUAAUGGCACCAAAGACUGGCUUCUUGUUCAUCCAGAUCAAACAGAUCUUGUUUACAUGUCUGAUGAUUCCAAAUAUGAAUGGGGAGGAUAUUCAGAGAUAGACAUUGACUCGGUUGACCUAGACGAGUUUCCAAAGAUCAAAGAUGUACAUUACUCCAAAGUCAGAAUGAACAAGGGCGACUGUAUCUUCAUGCCUGGAGGCUACUGGCACCAAGUGCGUUCCUGGGGCUACAUGAACUCUGCAGUAUCUAUUUGGUUCUCGCAGUUAAAACAGUUCACAGAAAAAGACUGUGAUAACGUAAACAUUUCCUUUACACCCAUGAAUGAAGUGAGGGUGUUAUGGCAGUACUCUGGGUAUGGGGAUCUUAGUCAAGGCCAUAUGGACAUCUACAUUUUGAAACGCUUUCUGCUAACCUUAGCUGAUAACGAGGGAAGGAUUUGGCUUAAAGAUUUUGUACAAAAAUACUUUCAAAGUGAAAGUAGAAGGAGAGAUGUAAUGAGGAAAGAUGAACAGGAGAGAGUAAUAAAGUUGGUUGAAUACCUUGACCCUGAUCACAAAGGUUUUGUAACUCGUGGAUAUAUAGAGAAUCUGACUGUUGAUCAGUUAAAAGAGCUCUUGUUAUUUAUUGAUCCAAAUGAUGUUUCCAACACUGAAGAGUUUGAGUAUAGCCACAUUGAUACUCCCUACAUUGAGGCUUUGCUGACAGAGUGCCAUGAUAAGAGAGGAAUCUUUGACAAAGAAAAGUUUAUUUCAAGCUAUGUACAGGGUCUUGGAGGAACUCACACUAAAGCUACAGAGAUUGUGGAAAGUCUUGGAGCACAUGACAAAGACAUUGCUAUGGCAGAUAUCGAAGGACGCAUUUCAAAAGCCCUGCACAAGUUUUACAGUGCUAAAGAACAUGAUCCUACAUUUGAACGCAAAAUGUAUCAACACCUUCGCCAACAUGAUGAACUUUGAGGAGGACAAAGGGGAGACUGUCUUUUCUACUGUUUCUUUUACCAUCUUUACCUCACUUACCUUUGGAUUUAGCGAAUUUAUUUUCAUUAUAUGAAUAUGGAGUCAUGUCAAAGUCUGCAUCAACUCCAGAUAAUUAAAGCAUAUUUAAAAGCAAAUGGUACAAAAAAUAAUAAAUACCCAUCUUCAUGCUUAAUGAUAUUAGACAGUAUACUGUCUGUUCAACUUCACAAAGUUAACAACUGCAAUUUGCCAUGAUCAGUUGUUGCUGUCAAAAUUCACAGCUGCAAAUUUGAAUUAAACACCAAAGCUACCUUAAAUGUAAAUGGACUGUUGAUGAACAGUCUAACUCAUAUUACCUACAGUGACAGUCAAAAUAUUUAUUUAUAAAGUAAAGAGAGUAAAUUUUUGAA